AUGAAUACCAUUUUGUUUGUUUUUUUUUCGUAUCUUCCUUUGAUAUUAUUUGGAGUUUGUAGUAUAUCGUUAAAUAAAAUAUCUUUUGAUGAAGAGAUUAAGGAAUAUUUAAAUCACUUCUUAAUAUUAAGAAACUCACAAAACUAUUGUGAAGGGAAAAACCUUCUUUUGGCCCCAAACCUUGGCAAACAUAACAAUCUAAGCAAAGUAUUAGAUAUUUGCGAUUAUAAAAAAACGUGUGAUUAUAUUUCCUAUUCUGAUAAAAGGGUAUUGCGAAAUUCUAUUUUUUAUGAAGAUGAUAAAGAAGUGGAAAAUACAGGAGCAAAUUGGAUAUGCUCAGGAAAUAAAUGGAUAUUUGCUCGUCCUCGAAAAUAUUGGGUAACUGCUAUUAAGGGGAACCAUAUUAAAGAUCAAAUGAAAAAUUAUAGAACAAUUUACAUGAAUAUGUCAGGGGAAUGUGACAAAAAUAACAUCCUAAUGAAAAUUUCAAAGGACAUAUCUCCAAAGGAGGCAGCCGAAGAGUGUAAUCGAGUUCCAAAUUGUGAAUUUAUCAUUUUGGAUUAUAACAAGAAAUUAGGGAGUGAAGAAAAUGAUAAGCACAUGUCUAUCCUUUGUUCUCGCCCCCCUAUAAAUCGAGUUAGUAAAUUAGGUUUUUUGAUAGCAGAAAAGAACAAUGAAAGCAGGCAUAAUAUAGCAAAAAACAAUAAAGAUAGGAGAAAAAUCAUAAUAAACAAAGAACAAACGGCAUUAAAUGGGUCAAUAGUUCCAGAUGAUAACUAUUACAACUAUAAAAAGGGUGACAUUGCUUAUGCACAAUGA